AUGUAUUCUCAAAGUUCCCUAAGUCUUAUUGAAGUCCCGAGGGGGCGGGGGAGGGGAGUUCCGGAUGAAACAAACUGCCUUCACCUACAGUUGUAUCGCGACCCCAAAGACAGAUACAAGAAGGGCCAAACUAAGGCAUCCCUUUCACUCCAACACUUCUUGGGCUUUGAAUCAGGGUUCACUUUAGACAAGGAGUCAAACACCAUUGCUAUUAUAUGCCAAGACGUGAUCGUCGUAUUGGCAUUUGAAUCCAGAGAGAGGUUAAUCGCGUGGCAAGUUAAAGUGGGCUCUCUGCUCGGCUCCCCAAAACAGUAUCUUGUGAUGAUCGGUAAUGGAGGGUCAAAGAAGUUGCCUGCGGGACCGGCAAGACUGCAUUUGGAGGGCCGAAAGUUUACGCUAACCAGUGGUGUCCCACCUAGAGUUCUCGGAAUUUGGGAGCUAGCUCAUUUAAGGCGCUAUGGCGUUGUGGAAGGUCGAUUUUGUUUUGAGGGUGGGUCUCGCUGCGGCAAAGGCGAAGGCCUGCAUCUGCUUAUUACAGACCAAGCACAGGACAUCACAGAUGCCUUCGACCAGGCCGCGCAGUCCAGCGUGUCCACACCCAAACCGAAACGAGGAAAUACAGGUUUUGAAAGAACCAGACCGAAUACACGUUUGUCAGAAAUGAAUACUCAACCUUUUGACCAGUCUAUGCCAGACUCAGCAAGUGCUCUUUACGAAGAGAACUAUUUUGGUGAGGAAUGUGGAGAGAGCCCUUCAUUUUGGCCUUCAGAUGAAAGACGAGGCUUACAACAAUCUGAGUUCAGAGCCGAUCGAGGUGAAGCACCCAAAGCUCCCUGGAAUGGGGCUGAUCAUAUUACCCUGGAACGAUGCAGCAACUGUCAGUCAAAACUUGGUGCAGUGUCUCGAUUAUCUACCGUAGCGUUGACUCCAGGAACUAAUUUUCAACCCGAGUGGACUAUGGAGGCAGUACCGGGCAGUAGUUCAGACAACUCGUCAAAUAGCACCGAGUACUUGACCCCUAGAGACGUGAAAAAGAAUUUAAAUACAUGUAACUGCAAAGAUCGACCUCCAGACAGACCUCCAAAACCGGCACAUUUUGAUCAGAAACGACCUCCAGCUCUUUUGCCGCAACAACCAUCUCAUCAUUAUUUUAAGGAUGAAGAUGUUCUUGUACAUAAUCCCAAAGUGGGCCCCUAUGAAAACUAUGAUGUUCCUAAAAACUUGCAUUCUGACAUUGAUAAUGUGGAGUAUUAUGAUACACCAAAGAAAAUUAAACAAGCCUUGUCGGAGGAUUUAUUCCAAGUAACUCAAACGUCCUCACCGGAUUCCUUAGUGCUGAAGAAACAAUGUGGUUGUUUACUAAAAUUUGGUUCAAAGAAAAAACCAGUGAUCAUAGAUUGCGACGACAGUUUACGGCCCGUGGACUGUCCUUGUCAAAAGGUUACUAAUUGGGCAAAUAGUCUGAUUGGUCUGCCGUACUGCAAUCGCAGUUCUAGCAACGAAAACUUAAACCCCGCGGAAUCGGCUCGUAGCAGUGACGAAGGAGCUCUAUAUGCAACCGUUGACGUUUCUAGGAAGACUAAUCGCCAAAGUACGUCUACUAGUAAAGACUCCGAUGAAUCUUACGAGCAUAUUGCCACGAAUUAUCAAAAUAUGGAUAUGAGUGAUGAAAAAGAAUGCGAAGGGCCUUACGGAAACUACGAGAACUUAGAAUUUGCUCUAUCUUUAGAGUACUAUGAAAAUGCAAAAGAUUUGUUAAAAAAAGCAGGAGUAACCCAAAGCGAACUUGAUGCCUUAAGUGCGAACAUUGAUAUUGCCUCAAAAACUGUCCCUAAAAAACAAUACCCUUGUUUGAAGUGUGGCCAUAACCAGUCAUCAAAAGGUGGACUACAUAAUACAAGGACAAAAUGUGAUGAAUACUUGCUUAUGGAACCACCAAAAGAAUCUAAAACCGAGGUUCCCUGUAGAGAGAAUGGAUCAAAUCCUGGCUAUACUCCUAUGGUACCCAAUCCAAAUUGGUCACAAAGUUUGAAACACCCAUCACAGAAGAUGGAGCGCGUGGAAAUAGAAAAAAGUCUAAGCAUUCCCACCUUAAAUGGCAAUUCAAUGCAUGAUAAUAGUUCAGAUAGUAGCCAAAUCACCAAAGAAGCAAUGCAAAAACGUUCAUGUUCUGUCGAUUCUGCCCCUCUUCUUGAAGAUUUAAAAGAAUAUGACACCAGUAUAGGAAGUCACUUGACUUCAUCUUCUUUGGAAACACUGAGAAAUUUGGCUUUAGAAAACAGACUAACUUCACCGUGCCACAACGAUAGGGAUUGUUAUGACUGCUGUAAGUCAUCUGGAUCAGACAAUAAGACCUCAGAUGACAGCUCUACAAAAGAUAUCCCACAUUUACGAAAUAAACAUAUAGAUAAUGCCCAAAUCAAGCGAUCGUCGAGCGUGCCCUGCAAAGGUGGGAAUAGAGAUUCGUCGAGUUCCAAUGACUCUGGAGUAUCAAGUUGCUCUAUGAAACAUGCUGUUGAAUAUCAAGAUUUUGAAAUGCCCCUUACAUCAAACCAGUCGCGAUAUCAUUACAUGGCGCAGAAAAGACUACGAGGCGGUAUUACUAGUUGUGUCCAUUCAUCUCUGCCAAGAAAAUCAAAGUCAUCCGAUCCACUUCGUGACAUGUCAAUUCAAAUCCACAAGGCAAAUAUACGCGCGAAAUCCUCGUCUGCGGAGGCUGAAGUACCUGUUUUACCGCCAAAACAGUUUAAAGGUAUAGUCGAUACGCAUAGUACAUCAAGUGGAACCUCAGACAUGUCGGACUAUAUUGAAACUCUUUCUUUAACCUCCUCUCAAUCAUCUUCAGAUACGCAAUCAGGUGUCAGGAUCAACCGUCAGCCUACGAACACGUUGAGGCCCCGUUCCGGCAAAGAAUACCACAACAUAGACCCGAUCAUAACAUCCAUGUUUAAGAACAGUAAAGACCUGGCCAACUACUCUAACUUGCCCUAGACACUGCGAGUUAAAAUUUUGUUACAUUUAUAUAGUUUUUACAUUUCGUAUUUUUAUAAGAUCUCAUAAUUAUUAUUAGUGUUUUGACAGCCGCAGCAAAUGUUUCAAUAGUGUUAUGGAACUGUGUUUUAUCAAUGAUCUGUGACUGUUCUAGAAAGCUAUGAAUAACAAUAGUUAAUUCGUAUGUAAUAACGCACUUAUGAUGGUAUUAAAUUUGUUGAUAUUUUGUAGGUUAAACGACAUCUCGGUAUUACUCUAAUUACAAUCCCGCACUUUAAGGUCGUUAGAGUAGAAAUAAAAUAUUGGCAAAGUUUAAUAAUAUGAUUGAAGUGCAUUAUUGCAAUAAUUUGUAUGCUACCAGUUCUGUAUUUACUGUGACAGUGGAGUGUUUUGUUUAAUUCAAUUAAUUUUCUCAUACAGAAGACUGAAUUUAAUAUUUUCUAGUCUUAGUGUUACUUUUUGACAAUUUCUUCGUUUUAACAUUCUAAAUAAUGUUUAACUAUCAAGUUAGGUCUACUUAAAUAAGAAUCCGGGAGUAUAUGAAAUUGUAAAAAUUUGAUAUUAUUAUAACAACGAUUGAAAAAAAUUAGCUUCUAGUUGUGCGAUUGUUGUAAUUGAUACACAAUUCAAUCGCUUUUAACUUGACUACUAUCAUAUAUUUAAUCCCAAUUUCGACAUUCAGUACCAAACCUUUAAAAGUAGUAUCACUUACAACAGUCGCAAGAGUAAUUUUUAUAUGAAUUCUAAAGAAAAAGUAUAUAAUUAUAGAUUAUAUUUAACCUACUUCGUUUAUCCUACUUAUUCGUAUAUUAUAUUCUAGCCGCGUAUCUCAACAGUUUCACACUUACAUUAUAAAAAAAUCACGUAUGGUUUCCUUAAUGUGGCAUAUAUUUCAGUUAAUUAUUGGGUUGAAAGUGUAAUAAUAUAAGUUAUAAUAAAAUUGUAUAAGAUUUGAAAUGUAAAGGUGUUUUACCUUAACUUACAUAUCUGUAGCAAGUUCGCUAGUGUAAACCCCCUUCCCUCUCCCCCCCACUACCGACUAUCACUACAAGUUACCUAUGUAUAUCUGCGUAUACUUAAAAUAUAGUUAUUUGUAAAACAUA